UUGACUUUGCUCUUGAAAAUACCUUGAUAAAACCAGGCGUGCAGUGUCGUCAAAUUUUAGUCACGUUUCGUUGCUGAGUGACACACACGCAAUCCGCAAUUCAGGAGCGUUACGCGUUUUUAUUAGAUUUGGUUUUAAAUUCAUUUCUCCAUUGCAAUGUCAGUGAAGAGCUGGCGCCUUUUUGUGAUUUGCGCGCUUGUGGCGCUGCCACAAAUUCGUUGUGCAAUUUUCGCCUACGAUGUGGAUCGUAAUACGAGUACGAGUAAUUUCAAUGAGAUGAUAGAGCGUCCGACAGGUUGGCUACAAGCGGCACAGGAUAUGAUCGCCAGUCCGGCGGGGCAUGUGGUGACACAGGUUGCCAAGGAGCUGAUCAAUCGCUCCACGGGCAAUAGUCAAGUACUCAGCUUGAACCUUACAAAUCUACUGAUAAUAGUUUUACUAAAAAUUUUAAUAUUUGCCGCUGGUAUGUUAGGCGCCGGACACUGGAGUGGCUAUGGGUAUGGAUAUGGACAUGCGCGAAGUGCUGAGGAUCUUCACUUCGGCUUAAGCGAUGGCGAGGAUUACCUUAUCACCGGUUUCUUAGCAGCACAAGGCAUCGGACUUGAUGACUGCCUUUAUGCAGCGGCAUGCGCCAGCCCGAGUGUGGCUUAUGAAUAUGCAAAGGCAGCAAAAGCAUUAAUUGAAGGCAUCAAAAAGUACGAAGGCAAUGCUUUCAAUAAUCCGCGCUACAAUGAUCUCAUUGUACUGCUGGAGAAGGCGGCCUAUGAUGGCUAUCGCGGCUUACCCUGCAACAGAUCGUCGAAAUGCGAUAAUAUUAAUUGAGGAUACUACCAAAAAAUCACACCGUUAUACAUAUUAACAAAAACUUUUUUUUAUUAUUAAUAGUUUUUAUUGCAUUGCUUUUUAAUUAUCAAUAAUUAAUUUAGCAGACUAUUAUUUAUGCUAGCGUUGUUUAUAAAAAAUUUUAAUCGUUUGGUAGUUAUUUACAGUCUUAAUAAGUUGCUCUGCAUUAUUAUUAUAAUAAAGGUAGAAACAUGUAUAUUUAUUACAUUAUUAUUAAUAAAAAUAAACCCAUCUCGAUAAUAACUACUUAGGAGUAUAAUAAUUCAGCAAAAGGUUUUUUGAAAAAAUAAGAAAUUAUGUAUAAUUCUUACACAUGUCUAUGUACUUAUAAAUUUGUAUUUUCUAUGUUUUCAUUAGUUAUUGUUUAUAUUAUAAUUUAUAUUUUUAUACG